GAACCCGACCCGACCCAUGCCACCACGCCCGCCUGUUCACGGCUCACCUCGCCUCACUCGCGCCCCUGCUGCCGUCCUUCCCCUUGUCCAUUGCGCCGCCCACCGCGGGUAGCAAGCAGUCGCCCGUCGCUACUGUCGCCGUUGCCCGUCGCCACUGUUGCCGUUGCCCCCCCACGCCCCCGCCCACGGCCAUGCCGCGCCCUCGCCUGCUCCCCAGCCAGCGCCGCCGCACCGCCGAGGCCUGCAACUUUUGCCGCGAGGCCAAGAAGAAGUGCAGCGGCUCCGUCCCCUGCGCGCACUGCCUGCGCCGCGGCAUCGCCGGCCAGUGCGUCAUCUCGUUCCGGCCCCGCGGUUCGCGCCCGCCGCCGCCGGUGCCAUCAUCGCGUCGCACGUCGACGACCGCCGCCGGCGCCGUAGCUCGGCCCGCUGCCGCUGCCGCUGCCGCGCUCUCCCGGCCGAGCCUCGCUAUCCCCUCCACCCCCGCCCCGGUCUCCGUUUCGGCCCCGGUCCCGGUCCCAGGCCCACCGCCGGCGGUCCCAUCCACGGUCUCGGCCUCGACUGCGGUCCGGCGCCUGGAUGCGCCCUCACCGCUCGUGUCGUCCAGCCCCGCGACGAGGACAGCCGCCGCGCGAGGCUGCGACGCGUUGCAGCUGCCGCCGUCGCCCGCGUCGGGAUCCCGCCCGGGUGUCUCCGCGGCCGGUGAUGCGCGCGUCGUCCCGACGGAGCAGGGCCGUCCCGCGACCGCAUCCAUCGCCGCCAACCCCCACUCCCGCAUGCUGCUGAACCUGCGAGGCGAGCGAGUCUACUUUGGCGGCGCGGCCUCCCUCUCCUUCCUACAGGUCGUCCGGGGCAUGGUGGCCGACCAGAUCGGGCCCUCGCAGUUCUCCCACAAUGCCCAGAGCGAAACCAUGCUCGAAAAAGAGUCCCCGAGCUCCAGCAUGAGCCUGCCGGCGCCGUCGACCGUGGCCGAGCUCGACCCGGCGUCCAAGCUCGAGUUUUCCCGCUGCUACCGCGCCGUGACCGAGGGCUUCAUCGACGUGUUUGCGCCCGGGGAGCUCGAGGAGGCCUUUGCGGCUUCAGACGGCCGAGGCGCCGCCGCCGGCAGCCCGCAGCGACGGGCGGCGCUGGACCUCGUCGUCGCCAUCGGCGCGCAGGUCCAGUCGGCGGCCACGGCGCGCGACGUCGGGCCCCAGUACUUUCGCCGGGCGCAGCGCCUCGCCUUUGAGGGCAUGCUCGAGGACCCAGACGUCGACAUGGUGCGCUGCUUCCUGCUCAUGGCGUACUACCUGCUGGGCGAGUGCCGCCGCAACGCCGCCUUCAUGUACCUGGGCAUCGCGACGCGGGCCGGCGUGGCCCUGGGCCUGCACAGCCGCGAGUCGUAUGCCGGCAUGGACAAUGCGAGGGACAAUCUCAGGAUGCGCGUCUGGCUCAGCCUCCGCAUCGUCGACAUGCUCGCCAACGCCAUCCUCGGGCGGCCGGCGGCCACGGCGGGCCUCCCCUCGGACAUUGUGGCCAUCAUCGACGCGCAGCAGGGCGACGACGACAUGCGGCGCCUCGUCGCGUCGCACCGCAUCGUGUGCAUCAUCAACGGCAUCGUCGACACCCUCUACGACAAGAAGGAGCUGUCGACGCCCGUCGUCGAGCAGUUCCUCGAGGAGAUUGAGGCGUGGGCGCGGACCAUACCGGAGUGCGUCCGCCGCACGUCUCUCCGCCGCGGCGACGCGGAACCCCCGGGGUCCGGCGGCGGCAGCGGUGGCGGUCACGGAGGAGGCGCCAUCGGCAGCGUCCACGUCUCGUGCCUGUACUACUUUGCCGUCACGCUGGCCACGCGCCCGAUCCUCAUCUCGACCCUCACGGCGCCGCCCUCGAGCGGCGGGCUGGCGCAGUCCAACCUGGCGUCUGCGUGCCUCGACGCGGCCGUCUUUCUGAGCCAGACGUGCGUCGAGGCGCGCCAGGCCAACCUGCUGUACGGCAACAUGUGCAUCAUGAAGGCGCUCGUCUUCGCGGCCGGCCUGGUGCUCGGCUUCGAAAUCUUCGCCAAGCGGUCCGUCGACUACGACAUCGAGUCGGCGUUUGGCGGCGCGCGCGACGUGCUCGACCUGUUGGCGACGCAGAGCCCGCAGGCGGCGCACUACCACGAGAUCCUGACGCUGCUGGCCAACGCCAUUGCCAAGCAGCGCGAGACGAUUGCCUCCAAGGGGCGCAGCCGCUACGUGUCACGGCUGUUUGUGCUGGACGGCGGGGACGCGGGGGGAGAGGCGGCGGAUGGCGGCGGCGUCGGCGGUGAGGGAGGGGUCGAAUGGGUGCCGGCAGACUGCGCCCCCGGGCUGGUGGACGAGGGCUUGAGCUGGAUGAGCGGGAGCCGCACGCCGGGGGAGGGCGACGAGGUGUUUCUGGGCUGGGACAGCCUGGAGAUUUCGCAGUGGGACAGCUUUCCGUUUAUUUCGUAGCGGGCUGCCACUGUAGCUCUGCUGCUCAUCGGCGGCAGCUGGCUGUACUCGAAGUUGCCAGUCACCGGCGGUGUACUGAUAAGUAUUUACAGCGCACGCUGUAGCGAGGCGUUGGGGAUGCCCUGGGCACGCGCACGCGCACUAAAGUGUCACUCUAGGGCUUGGAUUGGGACAGAGUCACAGCACCAUGAAUUCAUACGCC